AUGACAUGUCCUCAUUGUCAACGACCUAUUUAUCUUGGUGAGGAUGAUGAUGCAAGGUUAAAUCCUCAAGAAGAAGAAGAUAAGAACUCCACAACUUCAAAUAUAACGUUCGUUGAAUUACACAAUAAAAUACUUAAUGCUGAAAAGAUUCUUAAAGAAAAAACACUUGAAGUAUCCUACAUAGAAUAUGAAAUCCUUGACUCAUAUUAUCCUCUCAGAGAAGCAUUAAAGAAGAAAUUGACUGAAUUUACAUCUAUUCACCCUCUUCAAACUACACGAAUCUUGCUUAAUGCAGAAAUUAAGCGACAAUUUUCCUCUGAUAUAUCUCAUAAUAUCUUUAACAAGAAAAAAUGCUCAGCUAAAAAUAUUUACAACAUAUUCAAAAUGGAGAGUUUAAGAAGAGUUGAGAUCAAGCGAAUUAGAAGAAUUUCACCAUCGUCUUUUAGAAAAUUUACUGAUAAAGAAAUAAAGAUAAUUCAAGAAAGGGUUAGAAUGAAUUCUUCUCGACCAAAUUGGCUUAAAGAUCAAUUUGAUGAUUUAGAUCUAAAUGAGGAGGGAAUACCAAAGCAGACUGAUUAA